GCAGGAAGGGGAAAAGAAUUUUUACUGAGUACGAUGAAUCGAGUAGCCCCCUUCAAAAAAAAUUAAAGUUCAGGCCAAACACAGGCCUGAUUCUUCAUAUGUAUGGAUCAAGGCAACAAAAUGCUGGCGUCUCGUGGAAGUCUUUUUUUAUUCACGAAGGUUGAGUGGCCUAAAAAAUGGAAAUACAUCACCAUCACUUAUUCAAUAGAUGUUCUGCCACAAAUCCAUGGACAUCACAAUUCAGAUGACACUUCGAUCCACAACAGCCCCACCUCUCCAUUAGAGUGUACGUACUAUACCUUCCACUUGCUCAUGAAACUGGCUUCAUUAAAUCCUUCCAUACCAGGAUUGUCAGAGUAUCCAUGGUUAAGCAGACAUUUCAGUAGUAAAGAGGACAGUUCACACAGGAAGCUAAGAGACAUGUACCUAUUUUUCUUAGAUAAAUUGUGUCAUAAAUUUAACUGUAAAUUUGCUUAUGUAUUUUUAUACUUAAAUCUAUAUGACUUAUUCAUUAAUAAUUGAACAAUAGGGAUAUGAAUAUGUUGUUCCACAAAUAUUAUCUUAAUGCAUUAUUGUAGUAGACAUAUUGUCUUCACUAAACUGUGACCUGAGACUGCUAUUAACUGUUAAGCUGCUGAGAAAUAUCUAUUCCAACCUUCAGUAUA